UUGCUCACAGUGGCGGUAGCGACUGCAGCUAAGAGCCAUGCAAGCUACCGUGCUGCUACUGCUGUUGCUGGCCGGGGGCUCGGUCGCAGCCUCGACCCCCAGCCCGCCGCUCUUCAACGUGAGCCUGGACGUGGCCCCGGAGCUUCGCUGGCUGCCGGUCCUACGCCACUACGACCCGGAGCUGGUGCGCGCCGCGGUGGCGCAGGUCAUCGGGAGCAGAGUCCCCAAGUGGGUGCUGGCGCUGAUCGAAAGAAGCGCUUUGGAGCUUGUGCGCCUCCUGCCACCGAUGUUCACCGCCGAGAUCCGCGGCAUGAGCAACUUUCUGAACCUCAGCCUGGCCGACGGCCUCCUGGUCAACCUGGCCUACGAGUACUCAGCCUUCUGCACCAGCAUCGUGGCCCAAGACUCUAGGGGGCACAUCUACCACGGCCGGAACCUGGAUUACCCCUUUGGAAAUGUCCUACGCAAGUUGACCGUGGAUGUGCAGUUCCUAAAGAACGGGCAGGUUGCAAUCAGAGGAACCACUUUUGUUGGCUACGUAGGAUUGUGGACGGGUCAAAGCCCACACAAGUUCACGGUUUCUGGCGACGAACGAGACAGAGGCUGGUGGUGGGAGAACUUGGUGGCUGCCCUGUUCCUCAGACACUCUCCCAUCAGCUGGCUCCUGCGCACGACUCUGAGUGAGGCAGAAAACUUCGAAGCAGCUGUUUACAGAUUGGCCAAGACUCCCCUCAUUGCUGAUGUCUAUUACAUCGUUGGGGGCACGAGCCCCCGGGAGGGCGUGGUCAUCACGAGGAACAGAGGUGGCCCUGUUGACAUUUGGCCUCUAGACCCUCUCAAUGGAGCGUGGUUCCGAGUUGAGACAAAUUACGACCACUGGAAACCGGUGCCUAAGAGAGAUGACCGAAGAACACCUGCCAUCAAAGCUCUUAAUGCUACGGGGCAGGCGAACCUCAACCUGGAGACACUCUUCCAGGUUUUGUCAGUGGUUCCAGUUUAUAACAACUACACAGUUUAUACCACAGUAAUGAGCGCCGCCAUGCCAGACAAGUACAUGACCAGGGUCCGAAUCCAGCCUGAAAAUGAGUGACUACUUGCUAGUGCAAUGUGUGAUGAGCUGCAUUUUCAAAAACUUAGAGAAAGUGAAAGUAUCGUGUUAUUUUAGGACCCAAACGAAUUCCUUCCUCAUUCAACUUUGCAGCCUGGUGCAAGAGGGGGAGCUUGUUUUGGAUUCGCUCCCCUUGCUGGUUGGCCUUGACCUUCCCCAGGACUCUGUCACACCCUGAGUGACAUGAGGAACUCUGGUGUCUGGGGUCAUGUCCUUGAACUUUGUUUCCGGCUUCUCCCUCUUUUCUCUGCCGAGCAUUUGUCCAGGAAGCAAGAAGCCCCCUGGUUCCUUGUGAGAGCUCCUGGCAGAGACUAAAGGAAAAGCUCCUUCCAGAAGACAUGGAAAACCCGAGUUUGAAGAGAGGCUGGUCAAAAUGGUGUUAAUCUGACCUCAGACCAUGUAAUUCCAUGUAAUGGGAUUCCUAUUUUUUAUAAACUUUUUUUAAAAAAAGA